AUGUUCAAUUCUAACAGACCAAUUGUGGGGAAAAGCUUGUCAAGCGACCUUAUCAGUGAGGACCCUAACGCCCCUCGUGUUCCUCGUCUAACUAGACGCUUAACAGGAUUUUUGCCGCAGGAAAUCUCAGCCAUUGAGACCAAAAUUCCAGCACAAUCUCGAGAAGUGUGGAAUAAACACAAGGUGCAGAAGUUUUCGACGGCUGAGGAGUUCGAGGAGAAGUUUAUCUCCCAUGUGGAAUGGACGCUGGCUCGCUCGUUGUACAAUUGCGACGACAUUGCUGCUUACCAGGCAACUUCGCAGUCUGUAAGGGACAAUUUGGUCAUCGACUGGAACAAAACACAGCAGAGACAAACCGCAAGAGACGGCAAGAAAGUGUACUAUCUGUCACUAGAGUUUUUGAUGGGUAGGGCGUUGGAUAACGCCCUCAUCAACAUGCGUACAGAUACCUCUACGCACGAUGUUGGGUCCACAGAUGAGACUUUGACCAAGGGCAACACCUCUCGAGAAAUGAUUCGAAACGCCAUGAAACAACUGGGUUUCAAGCUCGAAGAUGUCUUGGAACAAGAGCCAGAUGCAGCCCUUGGAAACGGUGGACUGGGCCGUUUGGCUGCUUGUUUUGUUGAUUCGCUGGCCACCGGUAAUUACCCAGCGUGGGGUUACGGUCUUCGCUACCAAUACGGAAUUUUCGCUCAAAAGAUUAUCAAUGGUUAUCAGGUUGAGACCCCCGAUUACUGGCUUAACUUCAGUAACCCAUGGGAGAUUGACCGGUGGGAAAUUCAGGUGCCUAUCAACUUUUAUGGGUACGUAGACCGUUCAGACAAGGAGAAGACCACCAUUUCGCCCUCCGACUGGAUUGGUGGCGAAAGAGUGCUUGCUGUGGCUCAUGAUAUGCCUAUCCCAGGGUUCAAGACCUCCACGGUCAAUAACCUGAGACUCUGGAGCGCCAAACCUACCACGGAAUUUGAUUUUGCCAAAUUCAAUAACGGUGAUUACAAGAACUCGGUUGAACAACAGCAGCGGGCUGAAUCCAUUACGGCAGUCUUGUAUCCAAAUGAUAACUUUGACCAGGGCAAAGAGUUGCGUUUAAAGCAGCAGUAUUUCUGGUGCGCUGCCUCAUUGCACGAUAUUGUCAGAAGGUUCAAGAAAAACAAAAAGCCGUGGUCGGAAUUCCCAGAAGCGAUUGCCAUUCAGUUGAACGACACCCAUCCGACUUUGGCCAUUGUAGAAUUACAAAGAAUUUUGGUGGAUUUGGAAAAACUCGAGUGGCACUAUUCUUGGGAUAUUGUGACCAAAACAUUUGCUUACACCAACCAUACAGUCAUGCAAGAGGCGUUGGAAAAAUGGCCGGUUGGUCUCUUGGGUCAUUUGUUGCCAAGACACUUGGAGAUUAUCUACGAUAUCAAUUGGUUCUUCUUACAAUCCGUUGAGAAGAAGUUCCCACACGAUGUGGAUUUAUUGUCCAAGGUUUCGGUCAUUGAAGAAGCUUCUCAAGAAAGAUAUGUUCGCAUGGCCUUCUUGGCCAUCAUCGGGUCCCACAAAGUUAACGGUGUUGCGGAACUUCACUCGGAUUUGAUCAAGACUACAAUUUUUCAGGAUUUUGUCAAGAUUUAUGGUGCCAACAAGUUCACCAACGUCACCAACGGUAUCACUCCCAGAAGAUGGUUGAAACAGGCGAAUCCAAAGCUGGCAGAAUUGAUCAGCGAGACAAUCAAUGACCCUGACGACGACUAUUUGCUUGAUAUGUCCAAGCUCACAGCACUUUCCAAGUACGCCGAAGACGAAGCUUUUCAAACCAAGUGGAAUGACGUGAAACAGUUCAACAAAUUACGGCUUGCGGACUUGAUUAAGCACUUGAAUGAUGGUGUUGAUAUCAUUGAUAGGGAGCACAUCAGAAACACGCUAUUUGACAUACAGGUUAAGCGUAUUCACGAGUACAAGCGGCAACAACUCAACAUUUUCGGAGUUAUUCACAGGUACCUAAGCAUCAAGGAGCUCUUGCAGUCUGGUGCGUCUAUUGAAAAAGUUGCUGAGCGGUACCCUCGCAAAGUUUCGAUUUUUGGAGGCAAAAGUGCGCCCGGUUACUACAUGGCGAAACUUAUCAUCAAAUUAGUGAACUCCGUUGCGGAAGUGGUGAAUGCUGAUACCGAGAUCCAGGAUUUGCUCAAGGUGUUCUUCAUUCCAGACUACAACGUAUCUAAGGCUGAAAUUAUUACGCCUGCGAGCGAUUUGAGCGAACACAUCUCUACUGCCGGUACCGAGGCCUCCGGAACGUCAAACAUGAAGUUUGUCAUGAACGGUGGCCUAAUUAUCGGCACUGUGGAUGGUGCUAAUGUCGAAAUCACCAGAGAAAUUGGCGAAGAUAAUAUAUUCUUGUUUGGGAACCUGAGCGAAAACGUGGAAGAGCUGCGUUACAAGCACCAGUUUUCAAAUCCAGGUCUACCAGAGGGUCUUGUCAAGGUGCUCAACGCUUUGGAAAGCGGUGCGUUCUCGCCCCAGAACUCUUCUGAGUUCAGACCUUUGAUCGACAGCAUCAAACAUCAAGGUGACUACUACUUGGUGAGCGAUGAUUUCGACUCGUACAUUGCUACCCAAGACCUGGUCGACCAAGUAUACCACAAGGACAAGAAGGAGUGGCUCAAGAAAAGUAUCUUGAGUGUUGCGAAUGUUGGAUUUUUUAGCAGCGACAGAUGCAUCGAGGAGUAUGCAGAAACCAUCUGGAAUGCUGAACCCGUUAAACCAGAAUAG